AUGGAGUUCAAGCACAACCUUCGAAACACAAUCUUUAAUACCCUCGCUAUAGUCUUCUCCCUCUUUGUUCUUACAACCCAAAUCACAGAGGCCAAAAUUCAUCGUCACACUUUUACGAUAAAGUCAAAAGCAUACACAAGACUUUGUAACACAAAAAAGAUAUUGACGGUGAACGGAGAAUUCCCCGGACCGACGUUAAAAGCCUACCGUGGAGAUAAACUCAUCGUCAAGGUCAUCAACAACGCGACUUACAAUAUUACCCUCCAUUGGCAUGGGGCGAGACAAAUCAGGAAUCCGUGGUCUGACGGACCUGAAUAUGUAACUCAAUGUCCGAUCCGACCAGGAGAGAGUUAUGUAUACAGAAUUGAUCUUACGACUGAAGAAGGAACGAUUUGGUGGCACGCGCAUAGCCAAUGGGCACGUGCUACGGUCCACGGUGCGUUUAUUGUCUACCCUAAACGUGGCUCGUCUUAUCCUUUUCCCAAGCCACACCGCGAGAUUCCUCUCAUUUUAGGAGAAUGGUGGAAAAAUAAAAACAUAAUGGAUAUACCAGGCAAAGCUGAUAAAACCGGAGGUGAACCAGCCAUCUCUGAUGCAUAUACCAUAAAUGGACAACCCGGUUAUCUAUACCCAUGCUCUAAACCGGAUACACUCACCAUAGAUGUGGUGCACGGUCGCAAAUAUCUUCUCCGAAUUAUCAACGCCGUGAUGGACGAAGAACUCUUCUUCGCAAUCGCAAACCACACCUUAACCGUUGUCGGCAAAGACGGUCUCUACUUAAAACAUUUCAAAACUGAUUACCUAAUGAUCACUCCCGGCCAAUCCAUGGACGUCCUCCUCCACGCAAACCAGCGCUCAGACCGUUACUUUUUGGCGGCUCGAGCUUACUCCUCCGCCUUUGGUGCCGGUUUUGACAAUACCACCACUACUGCCAUCUUACAGUACAGAGGAACCGACGAAUCAAACCGAAAUCCACCGGUCCUACCAUAUUUGCCUCCUUACAAUCAUACCGAGGCAACCACUCGGUUCACUAACCAGUUUAAAAGCCUUCGAUGCGGUAAGCGUCACGUUAACGUCCCGGUUAAAAUCGACACUCAUCUUCUUUAUGCGAUCUCCGUGAACUUGAUGAAUUGCACCGACGAUAAACCCUGUAACGGACCUUUCGGGAAGAGAUUCUCGUCGAGCGUUAACAACAUCAGCUUCGUAAACCCAUCGAUCGACAUUCUCCGAGCCUAUUACCGCCGCAUAGGAGGCGUUUUCCAAGAGGAUUUUCCGAGAAACCCUCCCAAGAAAUUCGAUUACACCGGAGAGAAUCUUCCGUUUCCGACGAGGUUCGGAACGAAAGUGGUGGUUCUAGAUUACAAUUCUAGCGUAGAGCUGGUUUUGCAGGGGACAAACGUGUUGGCCUCAGAUAAUCACCCGAUCCAUCUCCAUGGUUAUAGCUUCUAUGUCGUGGGUUCGGGUUUUGGGAACUUCGAUCGCCGGAAAGAUCCGUUGAGGUAUAACCUAGUUGAUCCACCGGAGGAAACCACCGUUGGAGUUCCCCGUAACGGUUGGACAGCCGUCAGGUUCAUAGCUAAUAAUCCAGGGGUGUGGUUGUUGCAUUGCCAUAUAGAGAGACAUGCCACAUGGGGAAUGAACACAGUGUUCAUUGUGAAAGAUGGACCGACGAAAUCAUCUCGAAUGGUCAAGCCUCCUCCUGAUCUACCUUCUUGUUAG